AUGUACUUUGUGAGGUCUGGGGAGCUGGGCUACAACUUCGAUCACACGCCACAUUUGACGGAUGAGAUCGAUCCGGGUUCACGGAUCAGCGAGCCGGCCUUGUGGAUGCAAUGGCAUUAUCGAGGCAGAUUGGCAUGCACAGCUCAAAAUUCUCACCUUUUCAGCCUGGAUGCCAUGACCUUUCGCAAGGUCAUGACGCGAAGCCAACAUGCAGAUCUCUUUACGUUGUACGGGCGUCUCUUUACGAAAAUGAUGGAGGACUACUGCGACAACAAUGAAGAAGAUGCCAGCGAUUUGUACGGCAACGACGAGCAAGUCAACAAAAUGCUGAAGCUUUGCUCCAUGAUGGCCGCUGGAACCAAAACAGAUUUGCGAGCGGUAUUUUUGGCGUGGAAGAAGGUUUUGCUUCCACGCUCGCAAAUGGAAAUUAUACAGUCGAGGAUCUGUUGCAUCCCGACCAACUUCACUCGCCUGAUUCGCAAGAAACGUGGGGAGUCCUCCGGAGAGCGGGACGAGGAGGACCAAGGCUGA